AUGGGCGCACCAAUCGAAGUCUAUCAAAUGAACGAUCUCUACAAUCAAUCGAAAGAUGGAAACAAAGUCAAUUUGACGGUUGGAGCUUAUCGUACUGAAGAAGGGAAACCCUGGGUUCUCCCGGUUGUGAAAGAAGCUGAGAAAAUUUUGAUUGAUGACGAAUCAUUGAAUCACGAAUAUCUGCCUGUACUUGGAUUGGAUGCUUUCUCAAAAGUGGCAACAAAAUUGGCAUUGGGUGAGGAGAGUUCGGCGAUCAAGGAAGAAAGGGUGAUUGGUGUGCAAUGUCUCUCUGGGACAGGUUCUCUUCGAAUGGGAGCCGAGUUUUUGGCGCGGAUUCUCAAGUUGAAAACCGCUUACUACAGUGAUCCGACGUGGGGAAAUCACGAUAUGGUAUUCACGAAUGCCGGCUUCACGAGCUGUCACAGUUAUCGUUUUUGGGAUUCUGUCAACAAGCGGGUUGAUAUUGAGGGUUUUCUAGAGGAUCUUGAAUCAGCUCCAUCGAAGUCAGUGAUCAUUCUACACGGCUGUGCUCAUAACCCAACCGGAAUGGAUCCAACUAAAGAGCAAUGGAAACAAAUUUGUGAAGUUGUCAAGCGUAAAAACCUGUUCCCUUUCUUCGACAUGGCUUAUCAAGGAUUUGCCUCGGGAGAUCCGGCCGCUGAUGGAUGGGCUGUGAGAUAUUUCAUUGAACAGGGUCUUGAAAUGUUCAUUGCUCAAUCAUUCGCAAAGAAUUUUGGACUUUACAAUGAAAGAGUCGGCCACUUGACCAUCGUUCUCAACGAUCCAUCAGCGAUUCCAUCGUUCAAAUCACAAAUGCAGUUGAUCAUUCGAGCGAAUUGGUCGAAUCCACCGGCACAUGGGGCUAGAAUUGUGGCCAAAGUGUUGGGCGAUCGGGAAUUGUAUCAGCAAUGGUUGCAAGCAAUUCAGACAAUGUCUUCAAGAAUCCGCGAAAUGAGAGCAGCUUUGAAAGCGAAUUUGGAGAAGUUGGGCACUCCAGGCACAUGGGAUCAUAUCACACAACAAAUCGGAAUGUUUUCCUAUACUGGACUCACUCGCGAUCAAGUACUAUACCUUGUGGACAAGUAUCAUAUCUUUAUGCUUACCGAUGGACGAGCGAACAUUUGUGGAUUGAAUACGAAAAAUGUCGAAUAUGUUUCGAAAGCGAUCGAUGAUGCGAUUCGAAACGUCAAGAGU